CGCACAACCCCUUGGCCGCGACGCCGCCGCGUACGUGUGUUCGGCUUGUGUGCGUGAGCGAGUGCGUGCGUACGUGUGGGCGUCCCGCGGCGCGCGCGCCGGCGAAAACCCCCGAAUAUUGCGGUCAGCGCACACGUACUCGGGUCGCGCGCUCGGCCCCACGCGCACACGCAGCACGCGAGCACCACUCCGGUACCGGUUACGUCGGCGAGCGAGAGGAACGGGCCGCGGAGCGAUAUAGGCGCUGAUAGUGAUCCGGCCGGUUACCGUGCGAACGUCCGUUUGUUCCGGCGUCCCGCACGCACGCGCCGGCGAAACGUUUUGGCCGCGGUACAGUUGCGGUGCACCUCGGAGUUCGCACGUCAGUGGCAUCGGGCGCGCGUACGCAAUCGCUGUCGCUGUUGUUGGCGAGCCUUACCCGUCCGGUCGUACGAAUCGCGGAAGUGUGUUGCGAGGACGGUCGCAGAAGUGUUGCGCGACUGAUCGGAGACCCGCCGGACACCGGCACCGAAGCACGUGCACCGACCGAAUGACGGACAAGCAGCCGAGGGACGGAAGAAUAAAAAAAAAAAGAGCGGGAAACGCGGUCGUAAAAAAAUAAACAACCGUUAGGCGCACCGCCGCCCGCUCCGCUCUACCGUCCGCGCCGCCGUCCCGUCACUCGCUACUGCCGCCCGGCUGUCGAAAGUUUGUUUUUUCCGUCUGUUUUUUUUUUUUUACACCCCCGUCCCGCUCGCCGCGUCCUUGAACCGUUCCAGUGAUCCGCCGCCACCAGUGUUUUUUAAAUCGUCCACGUAACAAAGGUACCGCGUUACGUGUUCACCGGGAGCGACGACCGCCGGCGGAUUCGGCCGCGGCAUGGUGGUCAAAGGGGCCCAGAUGAACGUCAACGGCGGGACGGCGCAGGGCCCGGCGGCCGAAGACGGGCUGUCCGAGGCGUACGCCAAGAUGACCGCGGACAUACUGGCCGAAAGGUCGUUGGGUGACUUCCUGUCCGAGCACCCGGGCGAGCUGGUGCGCACCGGCAGCCCGUUCCUGGUGUGCACCGUGCUGCCCACGCACUGGAGGUCCAACAAAACGCUGCCGGUGGCGUUCAAGGUGGUCGCGCUCGGCGAGGUGCCGGACGGCACGGCCGUCACCAUACGCGCGGGCAACGACGAGAACUACUGCGCGGAGCUGCGCAACUGCACCGCGCUCAUGAAGAACCAGGUAGCCAAGUUCAACGAUUUGCGGUUCGUCGGCCGCAGUGGCAGAGGCAAGAGUUUUACGCUGACCAUAACCGUGAGCUGUUCACCCCCGCAGGUUACCACUUACAACAAAGCCAUCAAAGUCACAGUAGACGGACCCAGGGAACCGCGUUCCAAAACACGACAACAGCAACAGUUUCACGCGUUCGCGUUCGGCCAACGGCCGUUCUUGUCGACUCACUUCGCUAACCCGCUGGACCCGUUGCACAGAACCGCGGAUCCGUUGGCGUUUCGGAUGCCGGCCAUGACGAACUGUCAAAACAUGGGCCAGUUCGCGCCGCACCAUUCGUGGGGAUACUCGCAUUCCACCGCGUACUCCACGUGGCCGGGAGGGGGCGGUUGCACGAACUUCACCCCGCCCGCACUAACCGCCACCGGAUUCACCGGCACCGCGGCGGCCACGACGUCGGAACUGCACACCUCGCUGACCGCUGCCGGCCACCAUCACGAUCUGUUCCCCAACUGCUCGGCCAACGCGCUGACCACCGUCGCCGUGAUGCCAUCGUUCUCGGACACCAGCGGCACGACGGCGAACAGCGGUGACCUGGAACAGCAAUUGUUGCUGUCGUCAUCGUCCAACUGCCACCAGCAGCAACAAGACAACAGGACCGGGUUCUCGACGGCUAGGGGUUAUCAGCAGCAGCAGCAGCAAUCAGCAGGAAAUGACCAGGUGAUGGCGCCGCCGCCGUCAGACCUGCACCCGUCCACGUCGUCGGGCCCGCGGUCCACCGACUCGUCGGCGCCGGACUCGCCCACCGGGCCCGUCGGCUCCGCGGACGACAUGAUGGCCAUCGGCCAGUCGCAUGGUUACGAGCAUGUGGGCGGUAGUGGUUACCACGGUGGUGGUCAUCCGACCAUGAUACCGGCGUCCCUGCAACUGUACUCGCAGUUGUACCACGCGUCCGCGGCCGGCCACACCACCCGGCACCAUCACCACCAUCACCACUAUCACCAACCCGGCGACGGCGACGAGCACCUAGCCACCGUAGCCCAGCGGCCCACGCAGCAGGCGGUGGCCGCGGCCGACCACUCGGCCGUGUGGAGACCUUACUGAUACGGCGCCGCGUACGGGAACGCGGUCGCGAACGGGCGGCGUUCGAAUCCCGGUAACGGUUACCGAACGGUGCACGUACGCGAUUUAAAAUUAAGGCCCUUGUUAGAUGAUUAUCGAUCGUUUGCGUAACAUAACGAUUAACAUUUUUCGCCAUAACGAUUACCAUUUUAUUACCGUACAGUUAUACCACAUUGAACCCACUAUACAUUAAUUAUACUUACGUCGGUCUUGUGAUCCGUAAACGAUGUGCAAUACUAAACUAUGUUAUGCAUAAUAUAUUAUUGUGUAACCUUUAAG